UUCUAAGGGAAUGGCGGGCAUAUUGUAUCGAUAAAUCCGCGGUCACACUGCACUUGCACACGAAUUUAGUUUUUUUUUGUUGAUUUUCGCCAAGAAAAUGGCAGAUGCUGCCAGCACAAGUGCCGGAGGCAGUGCAGGAGCAGGACAGCAGCAGCAGCAGCAAACGCAGUCGCUGGGUCUGGGUCUGCUGUGGCUGUGCCCGGGGCUGGCGAGGAACAGCGACGCAUCUGGGUGGGAAAUUUGGAUUCACGGAUCACCGAUUCGACAUGCUGUUCCACAAGGGCGGCCCAAUGGUUGGCCAGUCCCGCGGCUAUGCCUUUAUCACAUUCGCCCAGAAUGAGGGAGCCACCAAUGCGCUGCUCAAGCUGGAUGGCACAAGCGUGGGCAGCCGCUCGAUAGCCGUCCGCCUGGCCAAGAACAUCAAAUAUGAUGAUCUGCAAAAGCCCAAGCCGCGCAUUGAGAUUCCCGCUCUGGGAACGGGCAAGCGUGAGGAGAAAAUCAGCAAAUCGGAGGCCAUACGCGCCAUUGAGGCGAAGCUGAAGCAUCUGGAACGGCAGACAGACGACAAUCUCGAGCUGAAUCCCAGGGACGGCAUCAACGCGAACGUGCCCUUCAUCCAGCGCUUUCAGUUCAACAAGGAUCGGGACAAUACUCAACGCUAUGGCAAAUCGUCGGCCCCCUACCAUCGACAGCAGCGUCCGAAGCGACGCUGAGGCCACCGGAACGCACCGCGAACAACUUCGUUUAGUUUACGUGAAAUUUUAGUACUUAGGGCGCUACCUCAGCAGCAGACAGCCUGACAACCACACCAUUUACUUUACAAUUAAUUUAUUUAAGAGAUAAAGACACACCCAGUAUGAAAGGAAACACAAAAGUGAGCA